AUGCCGAGUUCAUGUCAAGAGCUGCGUAAGCCGCACAAGAACCCCCGGCGCCCACAACACAUGGCCCGAAGCCCAAGGCGCAAAGCUAACCAACAACCCCCAGGUGACGCGCUGGCGCAAUGCCUCCAAGAAUCAGAAUGCGUCAUGGUCCAGCGCAACAAAGCAUCCGACUGCCUCCGCGAGCCGCUUGCCAGCACGCUCCCCACGAAAUGCCAACAGCUCAAAAAGGGCUACGGCGACUGCAAGCGCGGCUUGGUCGACAUGCGCAAGCGGUUCCGCGGAAACAUGCCCGUCACAUACAAGACCAUGGAGGGCGCCGAGACAGGCAAGGGAUACCAGCUGUAUGCCGGCAAGCCGGCCUUUGCAGCCGGCGUCAAGGAGACGAGUGGCAAUGAGCCGAUCCCCCGGGACUGGAGGGACAUUGAGAACGACAAGUACCGCGCGGAGCAGGCGCAGCUUCAGCAGCAGCAGCAGCAGCAGCAGAGUAGAUGA